AUGGAGUCCAUAUUAUAUAUAAGGGAUCACCCUGGUAGAAGCGUCGCCUUGCAUUCAAACCAUAUAACCAAUUCGGUCAGAAAACAGUUCUUAGUGUUUGAGAAGGGAAGAGGGCUUGAUUCGAACAGACCACAAUGUAAUGUAAAGUUGUUAAAUGGAAGGGAAUUUAACGGAAGGAACUAUAGAAAAGCGAUUGCCAAGCCUGUAUAUGGGUGUCUGGGACUGCUGCAAGUCGAGGAUGACAUGUUUAUCGAAGUGGUGACUGAUUGCGAGCCCGUAGGCUACGUUAGUCCGGGAGAAUCAGUCCAUCGCAUUCGGGACGUAGAAUUCUAUUCACUGACAAAUGAUUUUUGGGAUAAUAAGCCCAAAUCGUAUACAGAUGAGAAUGGAGUUCAUGUAACCCACCCAUGUGCCUCUUUGAAAAAACUUCUGUCGAAUGGCCGCUUUUACUUUUCGUCGGAUUUUGAUUUAACACGUACCCUACAAGCUAGGAGAGGAGAGGCACAUGUCGACAAAUAUCUAUUUGAUGAGCAUUUUUUGUGGAAUAAGUUUAUGAUUAAUGAAUUAUUGGGAUUUAGAGUAAAGUUGGAAGAAAAGGACAAAGGAGAGAUGGAUAAUUGUGGAUUUUUGGUUUUGGCUAUACAAGGAUAUGUUGGUAUAUUGUCUCCCAGAACACAUGAUGAGCAUAUGUCAAUAGCUCUAAUAUCAAAGCUAAGCUGUAAGCGUGCUGGGACUAGGUUCAUUACGCGAGGAAUAGAUGACGAUGGGAAUGUUGCUAAUUUUGUAGAAACGGAAACCAUAAUGCAUGUAGACAAGUGGUCACUAUCAUACACUCAAGUACGUGGGAGCAUCCCAGUAUUCUGGGAGCAACAGGGCCUCCAAUUCACCACACACAAACUCCAAGUCACACGUAGUCCUGCCGCCACACUUCCAGCUUUCCAGCGUCAUUUCAGUGAACUUUGUCAUCGUUACGGAAAUGUUCACUGUAUUAAUCUAGUCUCUCAAAAAGGAAGUGAGGAGACUUUAAGCAGAGAAUACAAUAAUCAAAUAGCUGAAUUGAGACAGACCGAGGGCCGGAUUAGUAUUAGUAAUUUUGAUUUCCAUGCCAUGUGUAAAAAUGGAAGCUAUGAGAACAUAGAGAUUUUGAUUAAUAUGAUACGAGACGAUUUGGAGGAUAUGGGUUACUUUCUGUGGGGUGGAGAGGGCAGGAUACCUACGCUGAUGCAAAGUGGAGCAUUUCGGACUAACUGUAUUGACUGCUUGGACAGAACCAACGUUAUACAGUGUGAAGUUUCGAAAAAAAUAAUACACAACUAUCUUGCCCAAAUUUCAUACGUCAACAAUUACGAGCUGCAAUUCCUCUUUGAUCAACAUUCGUUUUUAUGGGCUGAGAACGGUGACAGCCUUUCCAAGAUAUAUGCUGGUACUGGGGCGCUAAAAACUGAUUAUACGCGCAGUGGAAAACUUACUUUUACCAGUCUUGUUAAUGACGCUACAAAGAGUGUGAAUAGGUUUUAUAUUAAUAACUUCGCGGAUAAGUCGAAACAAGAAGUCAUUGAUCUUUUACUAGGUAAAGCUAAGUAUCAAAAGCCUAUCAUUAUUCAUGAUCCAAUACGGGAACUCGUGAUUGAGCAAAUACAAAAGAGAUUACACGAUUUCUCUACAAAAUCUGUAAUAAAUGUGUUUGUCAGUACAUAUAAUCUGAACGGAAAGUUACCUUCAAGAGAGCCUCUUGAUAAUUGGCUAUUCGCAUUUGGUGGUGCGCCAAAUUUAUACGUUAUCGGAUUCCAAGAAAUUGUCGAACUAAAGCCCCAACAGAUAGUAUCAGCUGACCCCGAGAAACUCGUUGAAUGGGAAAGGGCGAUAAGCAAUACAUUAGGUAGACAUCCAAGUAGACAUAAAUAUAUUUUGCUACGAUCCAGUCAACUGGUUGGCACAGCUUUAAUUAUAUAUGCAAGAGCUGAUGUAGUUCCUGCAAUAAGAAAUAUUGAAGGAGCCACAAAGAAGACGGGCUUGGGAGGAAUGGCCGGAAACAAAGGGGCCGUUGCUAUAAAGAUGGAUUAUUAUGAUACUGAUCUGUGCUUUGUUACGACCCAUUUUUUUGCUGGACAUUCCAAUUUUGCCGAACGCAACAGGGAUUUCAACACUAUUAAUAGUGGAUUAACUUUUAAAAAAGGUCGUCUUGCUGAACUCAGGUAUAAAGAAUUUAUGCGACUUAGUUGUCUUCGUCGGCUUGGAUCUCAUACAAAUACUCUGUUUGCAAGAAACGUGAUAUGGUUUGGCGAUCUUAACUACAGAAUCGACCUGCUUAACGAUGAGGUUCGAAAUCUUGCAGCCAUGGGCAACCUCGAUGCGUUAUUGAGAUCAGACCAGCUUAACGUGCAGCGCAAAAUGGGGUUCGUUUUUGACGGUUGUCACGAGGAAGAUAUAACGUUCCUGCCUACUUAUAAGUAUGAUAAUGGAACCCAGAUUUAUGACACCAGCAAAGAAUACCAGCGUGGACAGAUCGUAUUUUGUACCGUGGCACCAAGAUUUCUCAAAAUAGUUACGCGAGAGCCGAGUUACUUCUCUCAGAUCAUAGGCCUGGUUAGUAUACCAAAUAAGCAAAAUGCUCGUUUCAUUCUAUUUCAUACAAAUGCUGAUACCUUGAUUACGUUUAAAAUCGUCAAGUACGAUGAAGUGGCUAAGGAAAAGAUAAUGCAAGAACUAUAUUCAGAAAUGAAAUAUUCUUCUGGGUCUACUCCGAUUGCUGGGCUGACCGCGUCCAAACAGAUUCUAACUUCUCCUCCAGCUUAUAACAAUAACGAACGCAAUGAUGAGCUGAUAAUAGAUUGCGACGAACCUACUGCCAUGUUAAAUGAUUUGCCGCCUCCAAGUUCAGAUACUUAUCAAUGGUGGAACGAAUCUGCGUCCUCUAGUUCACAUAAAUCUAGACUUCCACCAAGAACAUCGGAAUCGACUAACCCAUUUUACGAAUCAAGCCCAAGGGAGAAUUCUCGAAAUCCUUUUGAUGACGACACCUUACUCAUAGACAUAUGA